AUGACCACCGACAAAACAAUAACAAUCCCCAUAAUCGGCGCCUCCUUCGCCGGUCUCACCACCGCCCACUCCCUCCUCUCCCACUUCACCACCAACAAAUCCAAAGGCAUCAAAAUAAAAAUCCUCCUCAUCAACCCCACCCCCAACUUCUACUGGGCCAUCGCCGCCCCGCGCAUCCUCGCCAAGCCAACUGCCUUCUCCGAAUCACAGUACCUCAUCCCGAUCGCCGACGGGUUCACAAAAUACUCCCCCGAGGUAUUCGAAUUCAUCCUAGGAAGAGCUACGUCUCUCGACUUCGAGAACAAACUCCUCCAGGUCGAGGAAUCCACCACCAACAACACCAACAAGGCCCUGAGAGAAAUCAAAUACGACUACCUCGUCAUCGCAUCAGGAAGCACCCCCUCCGCAUCAUCCUCAUCACCACUAUUCCCCGGUGAAACCGAAACCGAAAACAAAGAUGCAGAUAGGAAAGAAGUGAUCUACCCCUUCAAACUCUCCCCGACCUCCACAUCCACAAUAACAGAGACAAUCCAAUCCGCGCAACACACCAUCUCCACCUCCAAAAAGAUCACCAUCAUUGGCGCCGGCCCCAUCGGGGUAGAACUCGCCGGUGAACUUGCCGACCUCACCUCUUCUGCUUCUUCCAAAGAGAAGAAGGAUAUCACUUUGAUUUCCUCAACGCCGCGCAUUCUCCCCGUCUUGAAAGAAUCCGCGAGCGGGACGGCGACGUCUCUUCUCACGAGUAAAGGCGUGCGAGUUCUGACCAAUACCAAGGUUAUUUCUGUCUCGGCUUCUAAGGAAGGUGGAGGUGGGUAUGAGCUUAAGUUCGAGAAUGGGGAGACGAUGGAUACGGAUAUUUAUAUCCCUACGAUCGGAGUCCUGCCUAAUAGUUCUUACAUCCCCGGGGAGGUGUUGGAUGAGAAGGGCUGGGUGAGGGUGGAUUCGGAGUUGAAAGUGGUGGGGGUGGAUGGGGUGUAUGCGGCGGGGGAUGUUACGGAUUUGCUGGGAAGGGGGGGAUAG